AUGCAACAACCCGAGGAGGGCGUGGUCGCCGUCGAAAAGGUCCCCAGUCAGAAAAAAAAACCACUUGAUGAUGCUGCUUCGACUACCUCCACCUCAAAGAAUGGCUCCAAAAGCGGUUCCAAUGGCUCCAAGGGUACACCCAGUUCCGCCGUCACCGCAGACGACGAGGAUGCGCUCUUCGCCCACCUCCCACCACACGAGCAGGAAAUCCUGAAAUUACAGCUCCAUGCACCUACCGUUGCGAUCUCCUGGUUUGGCCUGUACCGCUAUGCAUCGCGCAACGAUUUACUCAUCCUAGCCGUCAGCGCUCUCUGCGCCAUUGUCGCCGGUGCCGCGAUGCCUCUCUUCACCAUCCUCUUCGGCGCAUUGGCUACGGCUUUCCAGCAGAUUACUUUGGCCAACAAUGGCAUCGGCAAUUACACUUAUGAUCAAUUCUACCAUGAGCUCACCAAGAACGUCCUGUACUUUGUGUACCUCGGUAUCGCCGAGUUCGUCACCGUUUACGUCAGCACUAUCGGCUUCAUCUAUACCGGCGAACACAUCACCCAGAAAAUCCGCGAACACUACCUCCAGGCCAUCCUGCGCCAGAAUAUCGCUUACUUUGAUAAACUCGGCGCUGGCGAGGUCACGACCCGCAUCACGGCUGAUACCAAUCUCAUCCAGGAUGGUGUCUCUGAGAAGGUCGGCCUCACGCUAACCGCUCUCGCGACCUUUGUCACGGCCUUUAUCGUGGCAUACAUCAAAUAUGCCCGUCUGGCAGGUAUCUGUACCUCAACCAUCGUCGCCCUGGUGCUGGUUAUGGGCGGUGGAUCCCGGUUCAUCAUCAAGUAUAGCAAACUCUCGCUGGAAAGCUACGGUGCCGGCGGUACCGUCGCCGAAGAAGUCAUCAGUUCGAUUCGCAACGCGACUGCUUUCGGCACCCAGGAUAAAUUGGCCAAGCAGUACGAGGUGCACCUUCGUGUUGCAGAACGCUGGGGUAUGCGCCUGCAGAUGGCGCUGGGCGUCAUGGUCGGCGCUAUGUUCGGCAUCAUGUUCCUUAACUACGGUCUCGGCUUCUGGAUGGGAUCGCGGUAUCUCGUUGCCGGCGACGUGAAUGUCGGCCAGGUUCUUACUAUCCUGAUGGCUAUCUUGAUCGGUUCCUUCAGUCUGGGUAAUGUUGCUCCCAACGGCCAGGCGUUCACCAAUGCUGUCGCGGCCGCGUCGAAGAUCUUUGGUACUAUUGACCGUGUCUCGCCUGUGGAUCCUACAAGCGAUGAGGGACUGACUCUCGACCAUGUCGAUGGUGAUAUUGAGUUCCGCAACGUCAAGCACAUUUACCCCUCCCGCCCCGAGGUGACUGUCAUGCAAGAUGUCUCCCUGAAGAUCCCCGCCGGUAAGACCACUGCGCUGGUCGGUCCCUCUGGUUCGGGAAAGAGUACCAUUGUCGGCCUUGUGGAGCGCUUCUAUCUCCCCGUCGGCGGUAAUGUCUAUCUUGACGGUCACGAUAUCCAAGAAUUGAACUUGCGCUGGUUGCGUCAACAGAUCUCGCUGGUUAGCCAGGAGCCUAUUCUCUUCGGAACGACUAUCUACGAGAACAUCCGCCACGGUCUCAUUGGAACUCGCUUCGAGAAUGAAUCCGAGGAAAAGAUCCGGAAUCUGAUUGAAGAUGCUGCCAAGAUGGCUAAUGCCCACGACUUCGUCAUGGCUCUGCCCGAGGGUUACGAGACUAAUGUUGGUCAGCGCGGUUUCUUGCUCUCUGGUGGUCAGAAGCAGCGUAUUGCCAUUGCCCGCGCUGUUGUUUCCGACCCGAAGAUCCUGCUGCUGGACGAGGCGACUUCCGCUCUGGACACCAAGUCUGAAGGUGUUGUGCAAGCAGCUCUUGACCGUGCUGCUGAAGGCCGCACCACCAUUGUCAUUGCUCACCGUUUGUCCACCAUCAAGACCGCGCAUAACAUUGUUGUCUUCGUCAAUGGAUCGAUCGUCGAACAAGGAACUCACGACGACCUCCUGGAGCUGGACGGCCCCUACUUCAAGCUCGUCGAGGCGCAACGCAUCAACGAAGAGAAGGAGGCGGACGCACUGGCUGAAGAGGAUGACGAAGACUCCGACGAACCCUACGAGAAGCAAGAAAUCGCCCGCAUCAAGUCCUACGCCAGCGCCUCAUCCAGCGGAAAGCCCAAGGACGAAGCCGUGCCAACGAGAACCCUCACCAACGAUAACUCCAUCCAACGCGCCGACACUCGCAAAUCCGUCUCCAGCAUGGUUCUCGCCAAGACUGGCACCGAGGGCGUAGGAAAGUACUCCCUCUGGACCUUGAUCAAAUUCAUUGCCUCCUUCAACAGAGCUGAAUGGAAAUACCUCAUUAUCGGUCUUUUCUUCUCCAUCCUCGGCGGCGGCGGUCAACCAACCCAAGCCUUCCUCUACGCCAAAGCCAUCACCGCUCUAUCCAGGCCCGCAAGCCAAUACGCCGAGCUCCGCAAGGACGCCAACUUCUGGUCCUUGAUGUUCUUCGUUGUCGGAAUCGCGCAAUUCAUCACACUCUCCAUCCACGGCGUCGCAUUCGCCUACUGCUCCGAGCGCCUGAUCUGCAAAGCCCGCGCAAAGGCCUUCCGCAUCAUGCUCCGCCAGGACAUCAAUUUCUUCGACAAGGAAGAGAACUCCACCGGCGCCCUGACUUCCUUCCUCUCCACCGAAACGAAGCACCUCUCUGGCAUCAGCGGAACAACCCUCGGAACAAUCCUAAUGACCUCCACCACCCUUAUCGCCGCCAUCGUCAUCUCCCUCUCCUUCGGCUGGAAACUAGCCCUAGUCUGCAUCUCCGUCGUCCCCGUCCUCCUGGCCUGUGGCUUCUACCGCUUCUACAUGCUUGCCGCAUUCCAGCAGCGCUCAAAGACAGCCUACGAAGGAUCCGCCAGCUACGCCUGCGAAGCCACAUCCGCCAUCCGAACCGUUGCAUCGCUAACGCGCGAAUCAGACGUCUGGACCAUCUACCACGGCCAACUCGACGCGCAAGGCCGCGCAAGCCUGAUCUCCAUCUUCAAGUCGUCCCUGCUCUACGCCGCGUCGCAAGCGCUCGUCUUCUUCUGCGUCGCGCUGGGUUUCUGGUACGGCGGCACCCUCCUCGGCAAAAACGAAUACACAACCUUCCAAUUCUUCGUCUGCUUCAGCGAGAUUCUCUUCGGCGCCCAGUCCGCUGGCACGGUAUUCAGUUUCUCGCCCGACAUGGGUAAAGCCAAGAAUGCGGCGUACGAGUUUCGAAAACUCUUCGAUCGCAGACCCGUUAUCGAUACAUGGUCUGAGGAAGGCGGUGCGCUGGAUAACUGCGACGGCACGAUCGAAUUCCGCGACGUGCAUUUCCGAUACCCUACACGGCCGGAGCAGCCUGUGUUGCGCGGGCUGAAUCUGAGCGUUGCGCCGGGCCAGUACAUUGCGCUCGUCGGGCCGAGUGGGUGUGGAAAGAGUACGACUAUUGCGCUUUUGGAACGGUUCUACGACGCGCUUUCUGGGGGCGUGUUUGUUGAUGGGAAGAACAUCGCGAAUUUGAAUGUUAAUUCUUAUCGGCAGCAUUUGGCGCUUGUGUCGCAGGAGCCGACGCUUUAUCAGGGCUCGAUCAAGGAUAAUAUUCUGCUUGGUAUUGAGGCUGAUGAUGUUGCGGAGGAGUUGCUUGUUAAGGCUUGCAAGGAUGCGAAUAUUUAUGACUUUAUCAUGUCUCUUCCUGACGGCUUCGCGACUAUUGUCGGAAGUAAGGGCGGGAUGUUAUCCGGAGGCCAGAAGCAGCGUGUAGCAAUUGCCCGCGCGCUGCUGCGGAACCCGAAAAUCCUCCUGCUGGACGAAGCUACCUCGGCGCUAGACUCCGAGUCCGAGAAAGUUGUCCAGGCUGCGCUGGAUGCAGCGGCGAAGGGACGGACGACGAUUGCCGUCGCGCAUCGUCUCAGUACGAUCCAGAAGGCGGAUAUCAUUUACGUCUUUGAUCAAGGGCGUAUUGUUGAAAGCGGAACGCACUCGGAGUUGUUGAGGAAUAAGGGGAGGUAUUAUGAGCUGGUUAAUCUCCAGAGUCUUGGAAAGACUCAUUAA